AUGGAUGUCCUCCUCCUUGACUUUAUUUUGCAAGCUCAAAACGCGGUGCCAACGCUGACCGGAUUUGCCACGCUCGUAUUUAUGAGUCUGCUCAUACAGCUCCCGACCAAGCUCAAACUUGAACUUCGUCUGGGCACCACUUUUUUGGGGAACUUUGUCUCGCAUCAAGACGAGUCGGCGCGCGGUGGUCUUAGAAGAUUUACAAUCGUAUCGAUCAGCUCAAAGCAACCCGAGUAG